AGUGAAAUUAUCAAUCUGGUAGUGAAGAAAAUGGCAGAAGAGACAUCUGUAGCAACGUCCCCAGUGGCAGCAGCCACCACCUCGGCCCCAGCGGCUAAGAAAGCUAAAGUUCCCAAGAGUGGUGCAUCAGCCGCCAAGAAAGCAAAACCAACGCAUCCAAAAACCUCUGAGAUGGUGAAUAAGGCCAUCAAGGAACUGAAGGAACGCGGUGGUUCAUCCCUUCAGGCCAUCAAGAAGUACGUGGCAGCCAAUUACAAGGUUGAUGCCGAGAAGUUGGCCCCAUUCAUCCGCAGAUACUUGAAAUCUGCCGUCACCAGUGGUGCUCUUGUACAGACCAAGGGUAAGGGAGCUUCGGGCUCCUUCAAAUUGGCCACAACGGCAAAGGGUGAGAAGAAGACAGCUGAGAAGAAGCCACGUGCCCCAAAGAAGGUUGCAACGGGUGAGAAGAAGGCAAAGAAAGCAUCAGCAUCGCCCAAGAAGAAGCCCUCAGCAGCAGCAAAGAAAGCUGUGGCGGCAAAGAAGCCAAGUGGUGAGAAGAAGAAGAAGCCCGCUGCACCGAAGAAAGCUGCUGCUACUGCGACAAAGAAGGUAGCCCCAAAACAGAAACCCACCAAGCCAUCCGCUAAAACAGCCGCGAAACCCAAAGCACCCAAGCCGAAGAAGACUGGAACACCCAAGAAGGCUGCAGCCCCAAAGAAGACAGCCGCAAAGAAGAAGUAAACAGACAGAUUUUUCAGCAGUUGUUCGCUGAUGAAUAUUUCCUCCCACAUUGGGAUACAAAAAAAAACAGCCCUUUUCAGGGCUAUCACAUGAAAUCCCUUAAAGGGUUUAUAAUGAAGAAAAUAACUGACUGUGUUGGAACUUCAGAGCUUCCCUGACAGCUUCUCAAGAAAGACAAGAUUUGUUUCAUUUUUUGCUGGAUCUUGUAUUGUUUAUGAACUUUAUGAAUGAUCUGGCCGCUGAGGACGCGCAAUCUGCGUCGAAAGCUCCGGAAAAGGUAGUUUUAAUUUGGCUGGAUGGCUGGAUUAAGAAACAGCUUCCCUGCUGACGCUUCCGGAAGGAGUUAUGUCCUCCUAACCUAACUUCACUCUCGUAGAUGCUUAAGAAGACCAAAGAAGUAAAAUCUCCCAAUUUUAAGCGAAAUCCGCUCACCGAGCCAUUAUAGAGCUUUAUUUUGUAUUACAAUUUUUGUUUUUAAUAAACAUAAAUUAACAAAAAAAAAUAAAGUUAGAAA